AUGGCGGAGGCGCCAAUUGUGCUCGAUGGAGGUACCGGUUUCCUCAAGGCCGGAUAUGCUGGCCAGAACUUUCCCGACCACCAAUACCCAUCGAUCGUAGGCCGACCGAUAUUACGAACGGAAGAGCAGGCACCGGGUGAUAUACAGCUCAAGGAUAUCAUGUGCGGUGACGAGGCCGCUGCUGCGAGGUCGAUGCUUCAAAUCACAUAUCCUAUGGAGAACGGAAUCGUAAAGCGAUGGGACGACAUGCAACACCUCUGGGACUACACCUUCUUCGAGAAGAUGCGAAUAGAUCCCACCGGCCGCAAGAUCCUCCUCACCGAGCCACCCAUGAACCCGCUGAGGAACCGCGAGCAGAUGUGCGAGGUCAUGUUUGAGCGCUACAACUUUGGCGGAGUCUAUGUUGCGAUUCAGGCAGUGCUGGCACUGUACGCGCAGGGUCUCUCAUCGGGAGUGGUUGUGGACUCGGGAGAUGGUGUCACACACAUUGUGCCAGUCUACGAGAGUACUGUCCUCAACCACCUGACACGGAGACUGGAUGUUGCUGGACGAGAUGUCACUCGUAAUCUCAUCUCGCUCCUUCUGCGUCGCGGCUAUGCUCUCAACAGAACGGCCGACUUCGAAACCGUGCGCGCGAUCAAAGAGAAGCUCUGCUAUGUUUCAUACGACUUGGCCUUGGAUCAGCGAUUAAGCGAAGACACCACUGUUCUAGUCGAGUCAUACACCCUCCCUGAUGGUCGCGUGAUCCGUGUCGGUAGCGAGCGAUUCGAGGCUCCAGAGUGCCUCUUCCAACCCCAUCUAGUCGACGUCGAACAACCUGGUAUCGCCGAAUUCCUCUUCAACACCAUUCAAUCCGCCGACCUGGACAUUCGAUCAUCACUUUACAAGGCGAUUGUGCUCUCUGGUGGAAGCAGCAUGUACCCUGGCCUGCCAUCUCGUAUGGAGAAAGAAAUCAAGCAGUUGUGGCUUACGAAGGUCUUGCACGGCAACCCCGAACGUUUGGACAAGUUCAAGGUGCGGAUAGAAGACCCGCCGCGAAGACGACACAUGGUCUUCCUUGGUGGUGCGGUUCUGGCGAACAUCAUGUCGGAGAGGGACAAUAUGUGGGUUUCGAAGCAGGAGUGGGAAGAGCAAGGUGCGGCGGCAUUGAAAAAGCUGGGCGAGAGGUGA